UGUGCUUAGGGUUGGACGACCUUUGCGUCCGUUUUAUCAUCCACCUCCCAAAGGAGGAUCUGUCAUCGGUCGCGCGUAUAUGUUUCCAAGUUGAAGAGGCGCAAUGGUUCUACGAAGAUUUCAUCCGUCCGUUGGACCCGACUCUGCCAUCCAUGUCCCUCCGAAGUUUCUGCCUAAGGAUAUUCCAGCAUUGUCCUCUGCUGGCGCCUUUCUCGGCUGAGAACCACAUGCGCGCGUUCGAAGAGUUUAUGCAAUACAAGACGAGAGUCCCGGUUCGGGGUGCCAUCCUGCUCAAUGAGGCCAUGGACUCCACGGUGCUUGUCAAGGGCUGGAAGAAGGGCGCAAACUGGAGCUUCCCCAGAGGCAAGAUCAACAAAGACGAAGACGACCUUGACUGUGCCAUCCGCGAAGUAUACGAGGAGACUGGCUUCGACCUUAGGCAAGCAGGACUCGUGCCUAAGGAUGACGAAGUGAAGUACAUCCAGAUCUCCAUGCGGGAGCAGCAGAUCCGUUUAUACAUCUUCCGCAACGUUCCAAUGGACACCGUCUUCGAGCCCAAGACGCGGAAAGAGAUCAGCAAGGUUGAGUGGUACAAGCUUUCGGAGCUGCCCGCGUUUCGGAAGAAGGGUAACAGUUCCCAUGACAAUGCUGCCGCCGCGUCCAACGCCAACAAAUUCUAUAUGGUUGCCCCGUUUCUUGUCCCCUUAAAGAAGUGGGUGCUUCAACAAAAGAAAAAGGACGCCAGCCGAGCGGCCGCCAGCAGUUCUCACCAGGCCAUUCACCCUCCCGCCGAAGAGCCUCUCACCGAGGACGAUAUCGGCACUCAUGUCGAGCCUGUCCCUGGGCCGUCGAAUGGCACCCCAGCAAUCGAGACAAUGGAGGGUGCGACGCGCGAACUCCAGCGCCUUCUCAAAGUCCAACCGCCAACUCAGGGCCUGCAGAUGAGCCCCUCUUCUUCGACCGCCAGCAAGGGAGAAGCUUUGAUGGCACUUUUAAGAAAGAGCGCAGAGCCUCAGCAAGCUCCACAGCAACCUCACCAUCCUCAUUCUCAAACUUCGAAUACUGCACCGGAUCUCGCUCACACGAGUGGUCCCGGAGCACACGCCCCGCACCACCACGGUUCGACCUACGGGCAACCGGCUCCUAACUAUCAACCGCCAUCAAAUUUCCCUGUCACGCCAAGUUCAAUGCAGAAUACGGCUCCUGCAUAUGCCGGUCAAGACAGUGCCCAUGCCCACGACAUGUCACAAACAUACGGCCGCAACCCAUUCAUUAGCUCUACACAACCGCAACGCAGCGAGCCGGUUCUUCUACACCCACAGCCAUUGCCCCCGCAGGUCCAGCAGUCUGUGCUUACCAGGGGUAUCCUACCGACCCCGGUGCUCCUGGAUGCGGUUGGUCAGGGGGGGCAGCAUGGCCAGCAGAAUGGGCAACAAAGUUAUCAGAGAGGUCCGCAUGCUCCGGCGGGCGGUCAGUAUAAUCAACCUGGAGCUCCAAGUCCGUAUACUGUUGGCGCAAACGAUUCGUAUGCGACUCAGCAGCAAACACCAAAACCAGCCCAGUUAACGGACCACGCUAUGGCAUUGUUGAAUACCUUCAAGUAUGGUACGCGGGAUGGCGGUGAACACAAAGCCCACGGAAGUGCUCCCCAAAACCCCGCCUCAGUGUCGGUUCAGCAGAACCAGUAUCACUCGGCAUCUUGGGCGAACGCCGCCUCUACAACGCAGGCAUCAAAUCCUGCAGCACAGCUUCUGCCUCAUCCCAUGCCUCCCGUGACGGCUGCAGGGACGUCGCCACGUGCGAUACAGCCGUCUGACCCGCAGGCUGGAUCCAGAUUUCCCCAGCCGAAUGACACCCAUCGCUCUGCAUUAUUGGAAAUGUUCAAAAAAGCAGGCCCCAGGUCACCGUUGAGUAACGAGAUCAAAAUGCAGCCUGGCAGUUCACAGCAGAGUCCCGGAACCACCAGGCAUAAUGAUACAGGGAGCCCGGGCUACAAAGCGACGUCUGCCGCCGAAUUGCUUGCCUCGGCUCCGGGAGCCAACCACACGCCUGGAAGGACCGAUUCCGAAUUGAACCGGCCUUAUCGGCCUGUCCAAAUUCUGAGUCGGCCAAAGCAGGGAGAGCACAGUAACUCCCAGGACUUCGCAAGCGCACAAGCCCAGAUACAGCGACUGCAGCAGCGCCUCAGCCCGAUGGGCUCUACAUGGCAGGAUGCCGGGAACACUGGCCGCCAAGGCAUGUCCUCUCCGCGUGACCGAGCUUUUUCACAUUACAUGGAACAGGAAGCCAAGCGAUCUCCACAGCCGAAUUACGCAGCCGCUCACGCGGCCAGCCUCCCCUACGCAUCGCAGUCACCGUCUAGCACCCAUUUUGCUUCCCCAUUCCAACAACAGCAACAGUUCCAACAGUCGAUAGGCAUGCAGCAGCGCCGCAAAGACUCCAAUUCUGAGCAAAAACAAAAGCUUCUCUCGCUUUUUAGCAAAGGGCAGCAGCAGCAGCAGCAGUCACAACAGGCUUCACCAACAGGGUUUACGGUAGAGGCGAAGGGCAAAGGCAAGGAGACCACGGUUUUUGAACAACCCCGUUCGGGUAGCACCCCUCGCUCGCGCGUGGCCUCGUUUGCGUCGGCUGGAGCAAAUGAGCCUUCCGGCACUGGUGGCAGCGGACAAACAUCGCGGCGUGGCAGCCAAACACCCAUUUCGCCGGCGGACCGGAACUUCCUCCUGUCGUACCUGGAAUCAGUGACGAACGCGGGCCGUUAAAGGAGUGAGAAGAGCGGUUCAUUGUUGGCUGGAUGGUCUGACUCGUUUGUAUCUCCGGCGCCGUAGAGUCGCCGGUCUGUAACACAUAUAUCGGGACAGUGUCAGGAAUCAAACUAGGCGGCGGACUCUGGGUCUCAAAUGGUUGGGGGCGCAGGAAGAGGAUUCGGAUCGGGAAUCGGUUUCAAAGCUAGCUGCGGCACCCUCUCGCGCAGCGACUCGGUGGGUUGGUUCUCGAUCAGCGCUGCACUUCUCACGGGCCUAGCAAAUA